AAUGAUCACAUGUGACAAGCAAACUUAUGAUGCUGAAGUGCUGGACAUGGCAACCGGUGGCUUUUCAAAGCAAUGGAGUGAACAUUCUCCAUUGGUUGAAAAUGAGACCCCACAAAAUGACAUCCAAAAUCCAGAAUUUGAAGGUGACACUGAUACGUUGCCAAAAGAUGCCCAUGAAGCUUCCAAUGGAACUUCAUCUAAGGGAAGGAGCCAUAGAAAGAGAACUUAUGCAGCUAUGAAUGAAGAUAGUCCUUUUAGUGAGAUGACUGAACAACUCAAACAGAUUGCAGUAGCUGUUACAGCUCUGAGUCAUGGCCCAGUUAAUACAAAUGAGCUUCAUAAAGUAGUGAUGAAUGUUGAAGGCUUUGAAGAAGACAUGCUUGAUGAAGCUUUUGAUCAUUUGGUUAAUGAUGAAAAGGCAGGAAAGGCCUUUAUGGCUAAAAAUGAUAGGAUGAGAAAGCUUUGGUUGGAGAAAUUUUUCAACAAAACCUUCUAACUUGAAGUUGCUGGAUACGUUGUGUGAAACAUGUUAGUGGUACCAUGGUAUUCUUUAGGUUAUUAAUAAUUAUGGAACACUGAUUGACAUGUUUUGGAGUUAUUAUGGAAUAAUGUUAUAUUUUGGAUUCAU